CCUGGAGGGGUGGGGGCUUCGAUUAACCUCCUCCCUGAAAACGCUGCGUGAAGAGGCUGGGUAGCUACGACCCCUCGCCCUGCGCCCGAGCCGCCCAGCCCGCCCGCCCCGGCACUCACUGUAACGCUUGGCUCCGUAGGCCACACCGAGGACCAGGGCGGAGUAGCGGCCGAGCUGCGGGACAGGACAACAAGGUGACUGGGCGUCAGGCGCGGCGGGGGUCGCAGCCCGCAGGCCACGGGCGGGGGACGCGGGGGGUCGCACCCUGCAGGGUGUAGGGGUCGGAGGCGCAGCCUGCAGGGUGUGGGGGUCGGAGGCGUAGCCUGCAGGGUCGGGCACGAAGGAAGGCGAGGACGCGGAAAGGCAGGGCGCGGCCUGCAGGGUCUGGGGGAUGAGGGUAGUGGGCAGGGAUCGGGGUCCCAGACUAUAUAACCGUGCUGCUGCCACGAAGCCGGGUUCACCUUGAUGAGCGGAGAGACCUGGACCGGCGGCACCAUCUUGUCCCUGACCUUCGCACCGGAAGCGCUGCCGAGACGGAGGUGAAUGCCGCGAGGGCCCGGAAGACCGUGGGGCGCCAGCCAGGCGCUUGCGCCGGAGCGUGAGCGGCGCCCCCUGCCGGUAGGAAGAAGCGGAGCGCCCUCCCCGGCGGGUGACGUUACGGGACGCGCUCGUGCACAAGGAAAGGUUGCGCGCGACCAGGAGGGAAGGGUACGGCACACGUACUGUGUCCCUUCCCUGGGAGCGAGAGAACCAAGCGACCCGGCCCUGGGGGUACGGGCCGAGCGUCCGCGCCCCGCCUGCCCGGGUUUGGACCUGGAGGAGAACUAACCGAAGCCCACGCUCCGCGUGCGCGUGCGCGCCCUGAAAAGCGCGGUCAGGCACGAACCAGCAGUAUAGAGCGCGUGCCCGAGGGGUCGGAGGACUAGAGCGCGGGCGUGCGGGAUCCGGGGCGGCGAUGGCUGCAGCUCGUCAGUGAUCUCCAGGCUGUUCACCCUGAGCUCUCCUGCCCUCCUUACUCCCAUAACAGGAGGGACUGGGACUUUCAUGAGAAGGCUACCCAGAGCAAGCCCCCCCCCAGGUCCCCAACCCAGCCUUCAGAACUCGCAGCUGUGAGCUCCUAGGUGCACCUCUCCUGAGGCCACCUCUCCAGUCUCUCUGCUUGCUUCUGUACCUCAGAAUGGCUACUUGUUCCCCACACCUGAGCCAGUCCUGGCUGGGGUUGCCCAAAAUGGGGCCAUCCGUAGCCUGGUGGUCUACCACCCCAUCAGCUGUCCUCACCCCAGCAGUUACCUCAUGCCUCCUGGAAGCUACCUGUGCUUCCUCCACCCUGCCUUACUGGGCAGGUAGUCUUGAGGGCCAAGGGUUGGGUCCCAUCCAAGUCCAUACCCACCCUCCCUGGGAAUUGCGGAAGUCCACCCUUCCUUACUUUUCCUCGAAUUCCUGUUUCUAAAGACAACAUAACUGAAUCUAAAGUGAAUAAAUGCAACGAAAAUUUCAAGGCUCAUGGGUGCUCAGCAGUCCUGGAGGGGGACCUAGAGCCCAACUGCCUUGGCCCUCUAAGAGCCCUGGCUGAGCUUGUCCCGUUCUUCAGCUUGCUCUGGAGUCCCAGCCCUCAGCCUCCCCAGCUGGGAAGUCAGGGCUGGAGAUGGGAACACCUUGGCCAAUCCUGCAGGGCCAACUGCUCUUCUCUUGCCCUGGAUGAGGCCAGCCUGGAGCCCCUGAGGACUCCUGCUAGAGCCCAGUCUUGCGGGGUGGAUGUAGACCCUGGCCCUCCUCAGCCCUCUGGCUUUUGGGGAAUCCACAAGUGCACAAAACAGAGCUCUCCACUCACACAGACAUCAGCCUGCAGAGCCCCCCACCCCUUCCUGCCCUUGAGCCACUGGCCAAAUGACCUCAAGUGACCGAGUGGGCUUUCUCUUUACCAGAUUUUAAAAUAAACUGCACUCCUCAGCAGCUGAAGCUUCCAAAAUUGAAAAUAAGUGUCUCUAGGGCCCAGGCGACGACAGGGGACAGGACAUACCAGCAGCUUUGGGGGUCAGUGCACAACACAUACAUGCCCAUUGGUGCAUGCAAGACCACCCAUGGGCACUGCUGGAGACCUGGCUUGGAUCAGGGAGGGCUCUUUGAGGGGCUAAGGGAGGGAAGGAGGGUCUCUCUUGUCUUGAAAUACCAGUGGAAGCCUCUGCACCUGUCAGGGUCAGAUGUGUGCAGAAUCUUGAUACCCCUGUCUGUGUCACUAUCUUUAGAGCUGAGCUCAGUCCUGGAGGGCUCAGUCCUAGAGCCCAACUGGGCCAGGAUGCUCCCUGGAGAUCUGCAGCCUUCUCACAUUUGGAGCUCCUCCUCCUGCAGCCAAGUCAAGACUCCUAGCAGGGCCACACCCAGCCUUGCCCCAGGAAAUGGGCCCCUGGCUCUGGAUCCUUAGCCCCUAUACCUGGUCUUAUACGCUCCCUCUAGCAGUCUCCCCCAGGUCCUCCCAGAAGGUGAUGCCUCCACAGGGUCCUACCUGAAGACCCCUUUGGCUCUGGGGGUCUUAGGUAGCAGCACCGGAAGGGAGCUGUGUGACUGAGGCUGUGUACCUUCCCAGAACUCGGGUCAAGCAGUAGGAGGGAGACCUGGCAGCCAAGAGUGACCCAGACCAGGUCAUCUGGGUUCCCUGGCCAUCUCCAAGUCUCUUGCCAUAGAAACUAAGGAGCUGCCACCAUGAGGUCAGAGGGUCAGGCCAGGGUCAUAGGCCCCACUGUCUGGUAUAUACCAAUGAGACAGGGAGGUGAGGACGGUGGUGCUUGGGAGCUCUAAUACUCAAAGUGCUCAGCAGGCUGAGCCCGGUGGUACACACCUGUCAUCCCAGCAACUUGGGAGGCUAAAGUAGAAGAUCAUAAAUUCAAGGCCAGCCUCAGGAACUUAGCAGACCCUGUCUCUAAAUAAAAAGUGCUGGGGAUAUAGCUCAGUGGUAAAGUACCCCUGGGUUCAAUCACCAGUACAAAUCAAUCAAUAAAUAAAUAAAUACUAAAAAUGAGUGCUCAGCAAUGUUUGGGCUCCUUGUAGUACCUCUGUACAGAUCUGGAAAAGCCAAAUUUCCUUUGACACUUACAGUUCCUGCAGCCCCAGCAGGGCCCACAGUGCCUAAGAGGACUCUCAACACCAAGACCCUGGCCAAAAGCUUGGCAGGUGGCCUGGAGACACAGCCUCCUAGGCAGAACAAAGCCUCCUGGUGCCUGGGGGCAGAGGGGUGUCUGAGUCACCGGCAGGUUGCCCAGGCUCACUCUGCAGUUGUCCAGUCCCCUGGGGUGGCCCUGAGCCUGUCCUUGUAGGGAGUGGCAGCUGAAGUCUGAAGUGUCCUGGGGGACCAGGCAGAAGCUUAAGACAGGCAGGACUGGAGCCCUGGGCAGGGAGGACCCAGGCAUGGCCAGCAGGAAGACCAAGAAGAAGGAGGGCGGGGCCCUGCGUGCCCAGAGGGCAUCCUCCAAUGUCUUCUCCAACUUUGAACAGACCCAGAUCCAGGAGUUCAAGGAGGCAUUCACACUCAUGGAUCAGAACCGAGAUGGCUUCAUUGACAAGGAGGACCUGAAGGAUACCUAUGCCUCCCUGGGCAAAACCAACGUCAAGGAUGAUGAGCUGGACGCCAUGCUCCGGGAGGCUUCAGGGCCCAUCAACUUUACCAUGUUCCUGAACCUGUUUGGGGAGAAGCUGACUAGUACAGACACUGAGGAGACCAUCCUGAAUGCCUUCAAGAUGCUCGAUCCUGACGGCAAAGGCAGCAUCCACAAGGAGUACAUCAAGCGCCUGCUGAUGUCCCAGGCUGACAAGAUGACUGCAACUGAGGUAGGCCUGCAGCCCCAGAGGGCCACUGAGGGACAGCAGCCCCCAGGCUGCAGGAGCAUGGUGGGCAGGACUAAGAACAGUCCCUGGUGCAGGGGCUCCUGGGAGAGUGGGGUGGCCCUGGGCUAGGUCAGGGCUGGAAGC